AUGCCUGAGCAAGUGAAAUCCGCGGCCAAGAAGGGCUCAAAGAAAGCCGUGACCAAGACUGCUGGGAAAGGAGGAAAGAAACGCAGAAAGUCCAGGAAGGAAAGCUACGCAAUCUACGUGUACAAGGUUUUAAAGCAAGUGCAUCCUGACACUGGUAUCUCUUCCAAAGCCAUGGGGAUCAUGAAUUCAUUUGUCAACGACAUUUUCGAGCGUAUUGCUGGUGAGUCUUCCCGUCUGGCUCACUACAAUAAGCGUUCCACCAUCUCUUCACGGGAGAUCCAGACCGCAGUGCGCCUUCUGCUGCCCGGAGAGUUGGCCAAACACGCAGUGUCUGAGGGUACCAAGGCCGUGACAAAGUACACCAGCUCCAAGUAAAUUAUCGCAGUGAUGCUUUACCCAAAGGCUCUUUUAAGAGCCAUCCACAACAACUAAGGCGCAAUCUAAUUUCCUAAAACUGCUUUGUUCGAGUGAAACUUGCAUGAAUUACCA